AUGUUGCAAGAUAAAAGCUGCAUGUGUUUUACACAAUUAUGCAUGAGAGAAGGCAUAUUUUCAACACCGUCACACCCAUCAAGUAUUGAUGCCAUGGGAUAUCAAAAUAUUGACAAUCAGGGAAUACGACCAACAAGAGCUGCAGAAUGUAAUCGAGAUUUGUUAUGUGAAUAUUUUGUAUCGGAUGAGGGCCAAGUUCCAUGGCAAGAAAACUUUUGUUAA